CUGUCUUGCGCCCGUGCUAAUAUUUUCUGCUUUUUACACUGUUCAUUGACAUGAAAUAUAUCUCUCUUUUGUUUUUCUCUCAUUUCCGCCACCUCCUUUUUCGGUUCUGAAAAUCACACACUGCGCUUUCAAACAGAGAACCCAUUUGGCAAAAAGUCUGCAAAGGUUAGGACUUUCGUGGGUCGCCUCGCCAGAGCAUUCUGCUGAGUUUUCAUUUGAAUGGUCACUGUUGUGUGUUGGAGUUGAGCUGCCACCAAUGUUAAUGUUGCAAUUUAUCUGUUUUGCUGAGUGUUGAGAAUUUUGGAGGUUGGGUUCUUCUGAGCUGUGAAAAUCACUGAUUUCUGGUGGUGGUAGCUUCUGAUGUUUCUAAUGGGAGCUUAAUCUUGAUUUGAAGGUGACAUACAUAUAUAUUAUCUCUUUUGGUUUGGGAAAUGGUGCUGCAAAGAUGUUACUCUAUGGCUUUUGUUGUGCAAUGGGGUUUCUUGGCUUGCUUUAUUUGCUUUUCUGUGGGACUUGAAACCCCAGCCAGAUCCUGUGACAAGCAUGAUCUAUUGGCCCUGAAGGAAUUUGCAGGCAACCUUACAAAAGGGUCUAUCAUCACAGCAUGGUCAGAUGAUGUUGCAUGCUGCAAAUGGGUUGGAGUUGUUUGUAAUGAUGUGGUUGAUGGAGCAGCUGUUAGUAGAGUUUCCAAGUUGAUUUUACCUGGAAUGGGUCUAAACGGCACGAUUUCAAGCUCUUUAGCCCAUCUAGAUGAGCUAAAGGUGCUCAAUCUUUCGUUCAAUCGUCUCCAAGGUGGAUUGCCUUCUGAAUUAUCUAAUAUGAAGCAGUUAAAAGUUCUUGACUUGAGCCAUAAUAUGCUGUCUGGACCUGUUGGUGGGGCUCUUUCUCAUUUGCAAUCCAUUCAAGUACUAAACAUUUCUAGCAAUUCAUUUGUUGGAGACCUCUCCCAUUUUGGGGGAUUACAACAUCUCCUUGCACUCAACAUAAGCAACAAUUCAUUCACUGGCCAGUUCAAUUCCCAAAUUUGCAGCUCCUCCAAGGGUGUUCAGAUUCUUGAUAUAUCCAAAAACCAUUUUGCUGGUGUUCUUGAAUGGUUGGGCAACUGUAGCAGAUCUCUCCAAGAGUUGCAUUUGGAUUCCAAUUUAUUUUCUGGCCCUCUCCCUGAUUCUUUGUAUGCAAUGUCAGCCUUGGAGCAGCUCUCAGUCUCUGUGAACAACUUCUCUGGUCAGUUAAGCAAGGAGCUAAGUAACCUCUCAAACCUAAAAUCUCUAAUAGUUUUUGGAAAUCGGUUUUCAGGGGAACUCCCGAAUGUUUUUGGGAAUCUUUUGGACCUUGAACAAUUAAUAGGACACUCCAAUUCAUUUUCUGGAUCAUUGCCUUCCACCUUGGCGUUAUGCUCAAAACUUCGAGUGCUUGAUCUUCGAAAUAAUUCUUUGACAGGUUCUGUUGGUCUCAAUUUCACUGGAUUGUCUAGUCUUUUCACCUUGGACCUUGGUAGCAAUCAUUUUAAUGGAUCCCUUCCAAACUCCCUGUCAUAUUGCCAUGAAUUGACAAUGUUAAGCCUUGCUAAAAAUGAAUUAACUGGCUAUAUUCCAGAGAGCUAUGCAAACCUCACUUCACUUUUGACUCUGUCUUUGUCGAACAAUAGCUUUGAGAACUUAUCUGGGGCACUUUAUGUACUGCAGAAGAGCAAAAGUCUCACCACUGUUAUCCUUACAAAAAAUUUUCAUGGCGAGGAAAUUCCACAUAGUUUAACAGCAGGCUUCAAGAGCCUUGUGGUUUUAGCACUUGGAAAUUGUGGUCUAAAAGGUCACAUUCCUGCUUGGCUAUUGAAUUGCACGAAAUUGGAAGUUCUUGAUUUGUCAUGGAAUCAUUUGGAAGGUGGUGUCCCUUCUUGGAUUGGUUCGAUGGACAAUUUAUUCUACUUGGAUUUGUCAAAUAAUUCUCUUACAGGAGAAAUACCAAAAGGUUUGACAGAGAUGAAGGGCCUCAUAUCCCCAAAUUAUCACAUAUCAAGUCUCUUUGCAGUUGCUGCUAUUCCUCUUUAUGUCAAGAGAAACAAGAGUGCUAAUGGGCUGCAAUAUAACCAUGCCUCAAGUUUCCCUCCUUCAAUAUACUUGAGUAAUAACAGAUUAAGUGGAAGAAUAUGGCCUGAAAUUGGUCGUUUAAAAGAACUUCAUAUCUUAGAUUUAAGCAGGAACAACAUCACUGGCACCAUUCCUAGCUCCAUUUCAAAGAUGAAGAAUUUGGAAAUAUUAGAUUUAUCUAACAAUAGUCUCAUUGGAUGUAUUCCCCCAUCAUUUACCAACCUCACAUUUUUGUCUAAGUUCAGUGUAGCGUAUAACCACUUACAGGGACCAAUUCCAAGUGGGGGACAAUUUUCAAGUUUUCCAAAUUCAAGUUUUGAGGGAAACCUGGGGCUUUGUGGGGAAACAUAUCGAUCUUGUAACAGUGAAAACAAUGUGGGCUUUGCUACCCAUUCUGUGGGAAAAUUGGGUAAAAGCAGUGUCCUUGGCUUAACAAUUGGUUUAGGAGUAGGCCUUGCACUGCUUCUUGCAGUUAUUCUACUAAGAAUGUCAAAGAGGGAUGAUGAGGAUAAGCUAGUUGAUAACUUUGAUGAGGAGCUUAGCUGGCCAAACAGUACGCCGGAAGUGCUUGUUUCUUCAAAAGUGGUGCUUUUUCAGAAUUCAGAUUGCAAGGAUCUCACAGUUGAAGAUUUGUUAAAAUCCACUAGCAAUUUUAGCCAAGAAAAUAUAAUUGGUUGUGGUGGGUUUGGUCUUGUCUACAGGGGGAAUCUUCCAAAUGGCAUGAAGGUAGCUAUCAAGAAACUUUCUGGGUAUUGUGGUCAGGUGGAACGCGAAUUCCAAGCUGAAGUAGAGGCCCUCUCAAGAGCUCAGCAUAAGAACCUUGUUUCACUCAAAGGUUAUUGUCAGCAUGUUAAUGACAGGUUGUUAAUUUACUCCUACUUGGAGAAUGGAAGUCUUGAUUAUUGGCUGCAUGAGAGUGAGAAUGGAAAUUCAGCUCUAAAAUGGGAUGCAAGACUCAAGAUUGCCAAAGGUUCAGCUCAUGGAUUGGCUUAUUUGCACAAGGAGUGUAAACCACACAUCGUGCACCGAGAUAUUAAAUCUAGCAACAUACUUUUGGAUGAUAAAUUUGAAGCUUAUUUGGCUGACUUUGGUCUCUCAAGGCUACUUCAACCCUAUGAUACCCAUGUUUCAACAGAUUUAGUAGGAACCUUAGGAUAUAUUCCUCCAGAAUAUAGCCAGGCACUGAAAGCAACUUUUAAGGGUGAUAUUUAUAGCUUUGGUAUUGUUCUUUUUGAGCUUCUUACUGGUCGAAGGCCUGUAGAAGUCGUCAUCGGGCAACGUAGCAGGAAUAUAGUGUCUUGGGUGUUUCAGAUGAAAUCUGAGAAUAGGGAGCAAGAAAUUUUUGAUCCAGUUAUUUGGCACAAGGAUAAUCAGAAACAGAUCUUAGAGGUACUAGCUAUUGCUUUUAAAUGUGUAGAUGAAGAUCCAAAGGUGAGACCCCAUAUUGAAUUAGUUGUUUCAUUACUUGAUAGUGUAGGAUUUGAUGGUUCUCAACAGUCAUCUUAAAUACCUGCAUUCAUGCCAUACAUGGAUUUUGGUUGGUGUAUCAUUGAGACAGUAUAUAUAUUUAUAUCUGUAAAGCAUGUUCGCACUUUAUAGUAUGGUGGUGGUGGGAUAUUCUUGAUAAGGGAACACUUAUUUGGCUUUAUCCUCUUUAGUAUUAUAGUGAUGGUUUAAUCUAUACAAUAGGGUACUUAUGAUCACCAUGUCUUGUCCAGCACUUGCUUUUAUUAUCAACCUUGUCAACUGUUAUUAUGUAGCAUUAAUGAAAAAGCCUUGUCUAUAUACAUUAGUUUUAAAAUCUAAAC